AUGCAAAAAUCGGAUCUUACGUUCGAUGUGAAUAAAGUUUGUCGGUUGUGUAUCCAGGAGCUGCAAAAUGGACUGCUGGUCAAUCUGUUUACCGUCAGUAUUUCCGUCAAUCCUUCGGUGAUGCUUGCUCGCUGUACAUCAAUAGAGGUAUACGAAAAAGAUGGGCUACCGCAGGCGAUUUGUAACGAUUGCUUUUUCAAGCUGGGCAUGUCGUACGAGUUCCGCAAUCGCUGCGAAGCCUCGGACCAGAAGCUGCGCCAGUACCUCAACAUCUUGCCCGGACCGAGCAAAAACGAGCUUGAGCACACCAAAGAGGACGAUUUGUACGCCACCAUGACGGAUAUAUUUGGCCCUGAAGAACCGGAACCCAUCGUUGAACCGUCAGCGACGACGGGCACCACUACUAGCCCCGAACCCCCGACGAAGAUCGAGAAAACCGUGGAACACCGUUCGACGAAAAGCAGCGGUCCCCAGCGGCAGAUAAAACGGAAAUCACAGCUCGAUGAACUGUUGGUUAAGCACAAGGAAAAAAUGUGGGUAGAAAGCACGAAGGUUAAGAUAUUUCGCAAAAAACGCACCGAUCGCAAGAAGGUGGCCAGUGGGAAGGUACGGCCGGCGCAACUGGAACCACCGGAACAGUGCUCACGCUGCGGCACGUUCUUCCACUACGCUGGUCAGCUGGAGACGCACCAGCGAACGGCGGGUGCGUGUGAGAAGUCGUUCGAAUGUUCCGUCUGCCACCGUCAGUUCGGUCAAUCCAAGAACCUGCGGAUGCACCUCCGGGUCCACAACGAGCGGCAAUAUCAGUGUGAGUUUUGUAGCAAAAUGUUCAAAACGUCGAGCAACCUGAACGCUCACCUGAGAACACACUCGCAAGAGCGGAACUACGUGUGUUCGGUCUGCGAGAGGGCAUUCCGGACGAACCGGGAACUUGGGAACCACGCGAAAACGCACAGCGAGUUCAAGAACUUUGUGUGCCGCCGUUGCGGCAAAGCGUUCGUGAAGCUGUCGUACCUGAAGACGCACCUAAACACGGUGCACGUGGGACUGAAGCGCCACCGUUGCCAGGAGUGUGGCAAACAGUUUUCCAACAGCUCGAACCUGAUCGCGCACCGGAGGGUGCACACGGGCGAGAAGCCGUACGAGUGUGGCGAGUGUGACUCGAAGUUUAACCAAUCGUCAGCCCUGGCCCGUCACAUCCGACAGCAGCACCGGCCGAAGCCGGCCACUCCGGAACCGGUCGUCCCACCGGUCAACGAACCGGAUGAGCCAACGAUCGAGGUGGACGAGAAUCGGUCCGUUGAAAGCACGGCCAGUUCGGAACUGUCGGUAGCCACCUCGUACAUGGAUGCCGCAUUCUCGUACGGAGGCAUGCCAUACACGAAGACCUUCAUGCCGCAGCAUUCCGUCAGCCAGUCCCAGACGCAGCUUCACCAUCAACCGACCCAUCCAUCACAUUUCCAUCACCAGCAGCAGCAGCAGCAGCAUCACGGAACGCAUCACCAUCUACAUCACCAACCGUUUGUGCAAUCGAUGCCCGGCGCUGGCAACCAGCAAGUGCCGGGUGCUAACCUCUACUCGACGGACUAUCUGCCCUACCAUUCGGCGCCACAGCAACCGCACUACGAGCUCGGAGGGUACGACAUGUGCUACAGCAUGCCCGCACCGACCGUGCUCAACCCUAGUCUCAUGAAUCCGCAACCGACGUACAUCUUCGAUGAGUGA